UCUGUCCCUCCCGGGAGGGAGGCUGGAGAGCCGGAGCAGAGGGCAUGUGCUGGGAACUGGGAGUGAAUUCCAGCGCUGAUCCCUGCCCGCUGGCCACAAAGCCGCUGCCUGUGCUGCUCCUGCUGUGCUUUCCAAGAAUGCCGGCAGAGCUCCGCGGCAGCAGGACAACUGGCUCCGCAGCCCUGACAUUUCCCAUCAUAAGGAAGCGUUGUUUUCUUGCCAGCUGCAAGGUUUGCUCAGGAAUAGCUGUCGGGAAUGAUUCGGGAGGUGCCGUUGCUGCUCUCUCGGCUCCUCAUGGCAUCCCUUGUUUUGGGCAGGAGCACCAAGCAGAUCCCUGGAUCUCCCUGGAUCCCAGCUUUGGGAGGGAGCCUUUGAGCUCUGACGUGGAGCCAGAUUUGUUUUCUCAGCAUGAUCCAGCCGCGUGUCGGAAUCCGCUUCAGCAUCAGACAGGAACAGGACAUCAGGAAACUCUCAAAUGGAGAAGCAACUGGGACCUGUGUCCCUGUGCUUUGUCCUGGAUGCAAAUGCAGAGGUUUCACAGCAGGAUUGGUGUCAGAAGGAACAGAGCUGAAUCAAGGAAGGGCUGUGAUUCAUGGGAGCCUCUGGCGUGGUUCCCAGAGCAGACUCCGUGUCUUGAAGGACCGGCAAGUAUGGAAUAGCCUGACCACAAAUAUUUCACCAGGACACAAUAUCUCCUGCACCUUUCCCACCUGGCUCUGCUGCAGAGCACCGGAGGUGGAUUAUUCAGCGAUCACUGCUGAUAAAGUCCUGUUUCCAUUGUCACCCAGCCAAAUAUUCCCUGGCAAAUGUGGGAUGUAGCGCUGAGCGCUCCUGUGAGAACACGCAUGUGGCUUCUACCACGCCAAGGAGAGCUGUGCGUGAGGAGCAGGAGUUUCCCCCAGCUGUGCUCUCAGGGACACAAACUCCCCAGCUCCAGGACUCACAAUGACCACUUCCUGAUGAAUCCAGGGGUGCAUUUUUCUGGAGCAGCUGGUAUUGGAUUAGAAGCUCAUAGUGGUCCUAGAGGUGGUGGGAAGGGAGCCGACUUUCCCAAGGUGGCAUUGGAAGUCUGUGGCAUGAGUGCAGCUGUGCUUCCAUUUUAACUCCAUCCUUCUUGUCCCUCUGUUCCCUCAUCCCCAAAAAUCCAUGUGCUGUUAACACACUUGGAAUUAAGGCAAGUGUGACUGCUGUGCUGCUGAGGUGCUGCACCUGAGGUGAGCACAGCAGGAACCUGGAGCAGCAGGAAUUGUUACUCUGCACUCCCCCAGCCAGUUCCUGCCUUCCAAAGUGCAAGGCUUGAUUUUCCAUGAAAUUUUCCCAUUUGUUGUCACACAGAUCACAGGAAAACGGUUUUUUUCUGUGGCUUCUCCCUCAUUUGCCUGGAAUCAGGCAAUGUAUUAAAAGUGGUCUUAGAGAGGA